GUGAACGACGUGUAGUGGAGUUCGCGGGGGAAGUUGAAGCGGUGAUCACGUGACCGCGGCGGGAAGGAGCGGAGAAAGUUCGCGGUGUGUUAUGGACCGCGUGUUUUCCUACGCGGGACGAAAUGAGGACGGCGACGCGGCAGCGUGGUCGUCGAUGAACCCUAAGGACAAAUGUGCGGAUCCCGCGGUGGUGGAGCAACAAGGCUCGUGGCUCUGUAAGCCCGCUAGCAGCCCCCAAGCUUGUACGCCGCUUGCCGUCGGCGCGGGUAUGAUGCCACGAGGUCUGCCGACGAGACGUAGCCUCCAGGCGUUAGCGCUCGUCAUCGCUACCGCCUACGCCACGAUUCUCCUCUACCAGUGUAUCGCACCGCGUCAGUGGGUCGACGAGAUGAACGUGGCGGAAGUGAAUAGCCGAAAUGUGAUAGUGGAGGUGCCGGCGUCGAGAAAGUUAAUCAGCGAGGAGUUGCCGGUGACGCUGCCGGUGGCAACGGCAACUAUGGCACCGUUCACGACGAACCUCAACGACGUGUUUAUCAGCGUGAAGACCACCAAACACUAUCAUCAUUCGCGCCUGCCGGCCAUCAUCGAUACGUGGUUCCAGUUCGCCAGAAAUCAGACCUGGUUCUUCACCGACAGAGAUGAUCCUUAUUUUCAAAACCAAACUAACGGCCACAUGAUCAACACUAAGUGUUCGUCCUCACACAAUCGGCGGGCCCUUUGUUGCAAGAUGUCGGUGGAAUUCGACAGAUUUCUCGACAGCGGUCGAAAGUGGUUCUGCCACUUCGAUGAUGAUAAUUACGUGAACGUGCCGCGCCUAUUGAAGCUUCUGGACAAUUAUAAUCCACGCGAAGAUUGGUAUCUCGGCAAACCCUCGAUACCUGCGCCCUUGGAGAUCAUCAGGCAGGGUCCGGAGCCGCAGAAACGACCGCAAAAGGUGAAAUUUUGGUUCGCCACGGGCGGCGCCGGAUUCUGCAUCAGUCGAGCGUUGGCAUUGAAGAUGACGCCGGUUGCUGGUGGAGGAAAGUUUAUCACCGUUGGCGACAGAAUUAGAUUGCCAGAUGAUGUAACAAUGGGGUAUAUCAUUGAGUACCUUCUAAAAAAACAGCUCACUGUAGUGGAACAAUUCCACUCACACUUGGAGCCGAUGAAGUUCCUAAGCAAGGAUGCUUUCCAUGAACAGGUUUCCUUUAGUUAUUCUAAGGGACCUAGAGACGAAUGGAAUGUCCUAAAGAUUGAUGGUUUUGAUAUGAAGGAUGAUCCAAAGAGAUUCAAAUCCAUCCACUGUCAUCUGUUUCCACAUAUUCCUUAUUGCCCACACAGAUGAUGAAGAUUGCAUAUGACGAAUAAAAAACAAAAUAGAAAAAUAUUGAUCUCUCGCUGUUAAGGAAAAUAUGAGAAGAAAAUGUAAAUUCUCGUAAAGAGGACGAAGCAAAAUUUAUUCUCGAUGAUGGGAAAAACGGAAGAUCGAUGUACGGU